AUGGCAACAAAAAUCAUCUACUUCACAGUGAAUGGAAGACAAGAGCGGGCUGAGUUCCCAGUGGAUUGCCCUGCGCAGGAUGUUAAAGAUCUGUUCCGCGCUGCAGCUGAGGCAGGACCCCAUGACAUCCUGAAGCUGUACAACCCCAGAGGCAACAUCGUCAACAUCUCCUUGAGUCUGGAGCCCAACAGCCCAAACUCCCGCUACAAGCUGGAGGUUGUGGCCGCCGACUGCAACAGUGAGCCGUUAGGUGCGGAAAUUGCUGGUGCGCUAGGAUUUGACCUCUUCUCCAUGGAGAAAAGGCUGCAGGGCCUGGAGAAGAAAAUCCUGAUGGAGGCCAGUGAGACUCCUGCAGUAGUGUAUGAGAUGAAGAAACAGGUGGAUUCAUUCCGGGAGAAACUAGAGAGUGUGGAGCAUCUGAGCUGGCUGGGGUUGUUUAAAGACCUGUCAGAUGGAACACACAAGCCCUCCCCGUUCUACCACAAGAGAACCCUGCAUAAAACCAGGAAGGAGUGUGAGCACGUACGGGAAAAGUAUCUUCAAAUGAGCUCCCUGCAGGUGUCCGAAGAAGUGAAGCAGUUCUUAAAGACCCCAACCUUUGAUAACUGGUGAUGGGAGGACGCAGAGAUCAUGGUGCUCUUGCAGGUCAUGUACACAGAUUUAGAUUUCAUAGCGGCCUUCAACAUUGAGCCUGAAGUACUGCAACAGUUCCUGUUUGAGGUCUAUCGAAGAUACAACAACAUCCCUUUCCACAACUUCAAGCACUGCUUCUGUGUUACCCAGAUGAUGUAUGGUUUGAUCUGGCUGACUGACCUGAAGAGUAAGAUGGACAGCAUCGACCUGCUGAUCAUGCUCACCUCUGCAGUCUGCCACGAUCUCGACCACACAGGAUACAACAAUGCCUAUCAGAUAAAUGCUCGGACUGAACUUGCUCUCCGCUACAAUGACAUCUCUCCCCUGGAGAACCACCACUGUGCUGUAGCUUUUGAGAUUCUGGAGAAGACAGAGAGCAACAUCUUCAGAAAUGUGUCCAUGGAUCAAUACAAACGGAUAAGGGAAGGGAUCAUCAAAUGCAUUCUGGCCACUGACAUGACAAGGCACAAUGAGAUUCUCAACAAGUUCAAGUCCAUCCUGCCAGCUUUUGACUUCAACAACAGGGACCACAGGGAUGUGCUGAUGAUGAUUCUGAUCAAAGUGAGCGACAUAUCCAAUGAGGCGCGGCCCAUGGAGGUGGCUGAGCCCUGGUUGGACUGUCUUCUGCAGGAAUUCUACAACCAGAGUGAUGUGGAGAAGUUGGAGGGUCUUCCAGUCACCCCCUUCAUGGAUCGGGACAAAGUAACCAAGCCGUCAUCCCAAACAGGCUUCAUCAGAUUUGUCCUUCUGCCUCUCUUCAUCGAGCUGGCCAACCUUUUCCCCUGCCUGGAGCAUCACAUCAUCGACCCGGUACGGAAGGCUCUUGAUUACUACACAGAGAUGGAGAAAGCAUUAGAGAGGGAGAAACAGAACCGGGCUCAGAGUGAGAAUGCAGCCAAGAGUAAGGAGACGACUGUGACAGAUCUGGACUGCAGGCAGGCCAGUUCAGCACCCGGACUCUUCUACGACGAAGCCAUGCUGUUGUAA